GAGGAGGACGAGGCGGAAGCGGAAAUGAGGCGUUUUUGUUUUGUUAGAGGGAAAUUUAAAAGUGGACGUCGUUGAUCACAAACAAACACAAAGUGAAUAAAUCCUGCAGAAACAAACAACAUGCCCGCAGUCUGACAGCCUCCGCCCUGAAUGUGAAGGUCACUUUUAACCAACAUGAAGAAGAAGGCGAGGAGGUCGCUAGUCGCAGACAGUGGUGGCAACAAGGAGCAGUGCUGUGUUCUCUGCAGACUCAGUGAUGAUGAUCCGGCCAUGUUUGGGGAAAAAGUCACACUCAAAGAGCACAAACUCUCCGUCCAUUAUUUCUGCUUGCUGACGUCUUGUGGAGUCUACCAGCGAGGAGAGGAGGGUGAGGGAGUCUUUGGUUUCCUGGUGGACGACAUCAAACAGGAGAUCCGCCGAUCCAGUCGACUGACGUGUUGUUGCUGUAAGAAGAAGGGAGCGUGUGUCGGCUGUAACGUCAGAAGCUGCAGGAAGACGAUCCACUUCCCCUGCGGGAGGAAACAGCAGUUCAUCUCCCAGUUUACUGGACUCUUCCCGUCGUUCUGUCCGGAUCACAGUCCCACUCAGUCUCUGUGUGUGGCUUCAGACCUCAGUCUGCCUCAGACCUGCUCCAUCUGUCUGGACUCAAUCGAGCCCAUCCUCUGCUACUCCAUCCUCAAAUGUCCCUCCUGCCACACCAGCUGGUUCCACAGGGACUGUGUGCAGCGUCAGGCCCACAGCGCCGGCCUCUUCUUCUUCAGAUGUACUCUCUGUAACAACAAGGAGAGCUUCCAGGAGGAGAUGCUCAGGAUGGGAAUUUACAUCCCAGAGAGAGAUGCUUCAUGGGAGUUAGAGGCAAACGCAUAUUCAGAGCUGCUGGAGGUUUAUCAGCGCUGCGACGCUUUCACCUGCCUCUGCAACAAUGGGCGCACACACUCUGCUAAGAGCGGUUGGUUUGAGCUGAUUCGCUGCCGGCUGUGUGGAUCUGGAGGGACUCACAGGAAGUGUUCCGGGCUGGAGUUGGACACCAACAACUGGGCCUGCAGUGACUGCACACAGGCUACUGACAGGAGAGCUUCCCUGGUUGCAUCUCCUCAGGGAGGUCAGAGUCUGCUGUCCAAACGCAACAUAUCCCCCAUCCACUCCCCCAUCAGCUGUAAGAGACCUUCAGUAUCUGUACGUUCUGGGUCCUCUGAGGAGCUCCUGCAGGCGUUGGCCUCUCAGCUCCGUCCCCUCAGUGUCCAGGUGGAGGUGAGCAAGGGUGCGGCUCUGUCUGCCGGCGUGGCGCUGGUGAGGAGGGCGGACUUCGACCCCACACACACUCUGUCUGUCAGGUUCAAAGAAAAGCGACGGACUUCGUUUCCCAGCAGCCUCCAGGACAGCAACAUGGCCAAGCAGUACUUCCUGAAGCUGCUGGUGCAGCAGAUCCAGGACUCUGUGGUGUUUGAGGGUCCAGAUGGAUCUAAAAACCUGGCACUGAACUCCCAGGCUCUGCGUGAGGACCUGUACUUUGACGUCGGCUGCCUGCUGGCACUCGCUCUAGUUCACGGCGGUCCUCCUGUUGGCUUCUUCUCUCGCGCUCUCUACCAGUCUCUGUUCAACUACCCACCCAACCAGCCGCUCACCGUCGCUUACAUGACCCCCGACACACCCCUUACCCGCCAAGUCAACAGGAUCACAAAGGCGAAAUCUUUAAACGAGCUGAAGAAAGUCAUGGCGGCAAAUUGGCAGUACCUGGAGCUGGCCGGCUGCAACCGACCAAUUAACAGGCUGGAAGAGAGAGAGGCUCUGGUGGAGGAUCUGGUCAGCUUCACUCUGAUCACCAGGGUGCAGCUUCCACUGCAGAGGUUUCGGGAGGGUCUGCAGACGUUGGGUGUUUUCGAUCAGGUGCAGCUCUUUCCAUCGGCGUUCUACAGUGUUUUUUGUAAAGUGGACGUCCGGCUCACAGCUCGGAGUCUCGGUCAGCUGUUCAGCGUCAACCACUCCCAGCAGGAGGACAGACUGAAAAGAGAGAUGCCCGUCGUCACCUUCUGGAGGCACUUCCUGCUGGAGUGUGAAGUUGGGAGGAGCUCCAUCUCCCUGCAGGACCUUCUUCGUUUCGUCACAGAAGCUGACGAGUUCCCCGCAGCCGGCUUCCUCCCUUCUCCCUCCAUUUCCUUCCUCCAUCCCGUCAUCUCCUCCCCACCAGAAGCUGAGCAGGAGGAGGAGGAGGAGGAGGAUGAGGAAGAGGGAGCAGGCAGACCAGGAAGGGAAGUCUGGAGUGACGAGGGGCUCUUCCCACAGAGGGAUACCACCUCCAAACAUCUCCUCCUGCCCGUCACCUCCUCCUACCAGGCCUUCAAAAGCUCCAUGGAGCAGGUUGUCAGCCACCAUGUGCACCUCCUCCCCACAGAGCGUUAGAGGAGGAGGAGGAGUCUUCAUAAAUUAAAGUCUUAUUUUUGUUGUUUUAAAUAUUUUUAUGGAUAAAUGUUUCUAUAUCAAAGAUCCUCCUUUGGUUUUAAAAGCUGAGUGUAGUCCGGUGACAGAUUCUACCGCAACACGUUCUGAAGUACUUUUUGUAUUCCAGGUGUACUGACGGAGAUUUUUCCUGUGCAGUUGAAUGUGAUGUGACAUCUCCAUCUUGGAUUUCUAAAAGUAUUUAGAUAAGUCUGCUAGCCUGUCUAUAUUGAAAGGAGAGCCACAUUUCGAAGAUGGUUAAAAAAAUAAGUAACAUGUAUAGAACUGGCUAACUAAUGAACAAUUGAAAAAUUUGCUUGCUGGUUAGCUACUGUUUUUCUUACAUGAGCUUUCAGAUGAAACUGGCUAUCUAAUGAUAGAUUAGCUAACUUAAGAUGUGAGUACAUGUGCGUCACUUUGAACCAUCUUCAAAAUGUACAGGACAGGAGGAAGUUGACCAAGACUUGUUCUACUGUGAUUGGAACGCAGAGCAAAAAGUAAAGUAAGAAGGAAAUCAUGUUUAAAACUAAUUAAAAACAAGACAAGUGUUCAGGCGAAUCACCGGUAAACAUCCAUACCUUCAACUCUGACCAUCAUACUGACUGUUGUUGGUCGUGGACAGUUCAGGUCGGACUUAAUAAUGAAGCUAAAAUGUAAACAAGUUUUCAUAUUCAGCCAAAGAAAAGACACAACAUUCAGCCUUUUGAAACCUACAAACAUAUUUUUUUGCUGUUUACUUAAACAUCCAGCUCAGAUAUGAUAUGAUUAAAUAUCUUAUGUUUUCUAGUUUAAUAACUAUGGUGCUGAUUUUAUAACUUUGCCUUUAAGAGCUUCUUUUUAAAGCUAUGAAAUGUCUAAAAUUGACAAAACCUACGUUAUACACUUACAUACACAGCUUCCAACAGUAAAAACAAACAAGAGAAAUCAUUGGUCGCCUGUCAGUGCCGUCAUAUCCCUUUUACUGGAUUUGACGAUCAAUCAUCAAUACAUCAAAAUGAGGAAUGUUAUGGAAUUUAGGUUAUUUAGGUCUAUCCUUAGGUUACAUGAGGUCACGUGUGGGCCUUGAGGUCCUCGGCAGUAUUAGUUGUUUUGCUUUGGUUGGGAACAGUAGGUGUCAGCCGUUGCCGGUCCAGUCUGCAUAAACAGACAUCUGUGUCUCCAGACUAGAAUAUGCUGACAAUAACACCUCCAUGGGUAAAGACAUUCUCUUUGACUAAUUCUGGGCGUGUAGUAUUUGUGGUGUUAUCUUGGGGUUUAAAGUCGAUCCACCAGGAUGAGUUGGACAGAAUAUGAGACAGACUCAGACACUUCAGAUGAACUUUGAGAGUGUCUCUAAUUCUCCUUGAUCAAGCGUCAAUAAAUAAUACAGCAUAAGACGUCAGAGGCUCCUGAACACUUUCUUCCUUCCUGACCUCACCAUUGACUUCAGCAAUUUCUCCACUGCAAGUAACGUGAUUAAUCGUAACGUGAAUAAAAAUUGAAUUCCA